UGCAAAGGCACAAGAUGGGAGCGAGGAGUUGUUCGAAAUAUAAAUUGUGCCACCGUCACCAAAAUACCCCUGAGGGGCCCGUGGCUGUUAUUUCUAUCCCCUCGGGAGCAAAAAAACCAAAAUGAUCCCGAGUGAAUUUGAUCGUGGCUCUCUCGACUUAGAGGCCUUCAACCACCCCGGCAGCUUCAGAUCCAGCCACUCUCCCAGCGGCAGGUGCGUGAAGCCGCCCUGACCGCGUGUCUCUGUGUCCUCUCACCUCCGUCCUCAGCGUGCCCGGCCGGAGCGUGCGUUUGAAGCUGCACCCCGGGACCGGAUGAUGCCCACGGCCCCGGCCCCCCCGGCGUGGGCUUCUCCGCGGCCGGAGGGACCCGCCACGGUGAAGGUGGAAGGCCCGGAAGAGGACACCCCGCAAGGUGACAUGUCCGACCCCAAGCCCUCCAGCCUCAGCUUCAGGCAGUUCCGCUACCAGGAGGCGGGCGGGCCCCGGGAGGCCCUGGGCCGGCUCCGGGAGCUGUGCCGUCGGUGGCUGCGUCCGGACCGGCACACCAAGGAGCAGAUCCUGGAGCUGCUGGUCCUCGACCAGUUCCUCGCCGUCCUGCCCGGGGAGAUCCAGGCCUGGGUGCGGGAGCAGAGUCCUCAAAAUGGGGAAGAGGUGGUCCGGCUGGUGGAGGAAUUGCAGCGAGAGCCCACGAGACUGAUACAGUGGAUCACAGCCCACGUGCUCGGCCAGGAAGUUCUCUUGGAGAAGGCGGAUUUUUCGAGCGUCCGGUUUGGACAAGAGGAGCCCCAGCCCGGGGGGGUGUGCCAGGAGGAAGGGGCGUCGAGCCCCCAGCCGGGACCUCAGGGCCCGCUGAGCCUUCACAUCAAAAAGGAUCCCGACGCCCUGCGGGAAAGUGUUUUGCCCGCUUCCUGGUUUCCUGUGACGAGUGAGUUAGGGGACACUGGCGUUGAGGAGCGGGUCCCUGUGCUCCUACCAGUUGGGUCCCAGGAGGAAUGGAGGCGUCCAGAUCAGGCUCAGGAGGAGCUGAACAGGAGCGUCCUGCCAGAGGAUCGGGGAAGCGGGAGGUCGCCGGAAGUUCCUCUUCCCAAAUUGGACCCGAUGACCUCAGUGCAGAUAGGGGGAGAACCCCGGGAUCCAGCCCACCCCGCAGCCGAAGAGAAGCGGGACUCGAGAGGUGACGGAAUAGGGGAGAGGAAAGAGAGCCGGAAAGAAGCAUCUGAAGGGGAAGGCUUCCGGGAGCACGGCUUGCCGACCGAGACACCCUCCCCGCCGGCGGAGGAUGGAGAGGGAAGGCCGCAGGUGGACGAGCCGUACGGCCUCGGCGAGCGAAGAAAAGCCCUCCGGGUUUCCUGGGAAAACCAUCACGGAGAAGCGGGAUGGAGCGACUCGUCGUCGAAUGACAUCGGUGUGGGCGCCCGGAGAAAAUCCCCGGAAGAGAAACACCGCGACUCGGACAGCCGACGAGACGGUUUCGGUCCCAGAUCCCAGCUUGACUUCCACCGGGGACCCCCGCGAGGAGCGAACCCUUACAAAUGCCCCAUCUGCGGACGGGGCUUCAGGUGGAGUUCCCACCUGUAUAUCCACCAGAGAACCCACACCGGGGAGAAACCCUACAAAUGCCCCAUCUGUGGGAAAGGCUUCAGCCGGAGCUCGAGCCUUAACAGACAUCAGAGCGUCCACACCGGGGAGAAGCCCUUCAGGUGCCCGAGCUGUGGGAAGAGCUUCAGCCGCCGCGCCCACCUUUACGCCCACCAGAGAACCCACACGGGGGAGAAACCCUAUAAAUGCGACGAGUGUGGGAAGGGCUUCAGCGAGAGGGCAAACAUGUACAGACACCAAACUGUCCACACGGGAGAGAAGCCCUAUAAGUGCCCCAUCUGUGGGAAAGGUUUCACUCAGAGCACCAGUGUCGCAGUCCACCGGAAAAUCCACAUGGUAGGGAAGGCUCUUCUGCCGGGGCCUUUCCCCAUCCUGAGCAAGUAGGACUCCCGUUCCUCGAGGCUCAUCUCGCACUUGUCUGCGUCUUCCCGGGCGGGAUGUGGACUCCGCUUCCGUAGCGGGUGGUCCCGGGAAUGGUCUUCACUUUCAUGACCAAGACCUUCCCCAUGGACUCCACUCCCACAGGGCGGAAGGCCCAGCGUGGGGUCGCCUCUCUGAUGCAGAGAGGAGAUCCCACCCUGAUUCAGUGGGGUUGAAAAAGGGGGACUUCCCAAGGGUCACCCCCAAAUGGUCCACCUGGCUGCCCGAGGGAGCCAUUUGCAGGUCGGUCCUGCAACCAGGAAUGAAUCAGAGCGAUACUUUCAGUCAAUCACUGUUUUUUAUUGAAUGCUUACUUUGUGCAGGGCCUGGGAGAGACAGAGUUGGUAGACACGUUCCCUGCCUUCUAUGAGC